AGGAAUAAGAAUCCAUCAUGAAAGAAGGUGUGAUAGCAAGUAGCAGGAGCAGGCUUCCUUCCAGGACCAGGAAGAUGAGAGUGAUCACAUCUCAUCCACAAAAAGGAAGCAGAAAAGCCUCCCAAGCCAGACUGCAAGCUUCAUGCUUUAAGGCUCUGUCAUCUCUUACCUGAACCCCUGCACCUGCCUUCUCUCAAGUCUCUCAGUUCCCAUCUCCCCCACCACAGCCUGAGCCCCUUAUAGCAGCUAGAGGGAUUCUGUGAAAGCAGGAAAGCAUCAAGUCAUCAUGACUUCCCAUAAUCCUUUGAAGAAAAACUAAUAUGGAAAUGACUCAGCAAUCUCAAUUGCAGGAACAUGCCCAGAAGUGAGAGCGUGGGCAGACAUGUGCACACUCAUGCUACAUCAGAGUAUUUCUCCAGAGCCAAAAAGGGAAGCCAGCAGUGACUAUAGAUGGUAAAUGGACAAUAAAAUGUAGCAUCUAUGUGCAAUGGAACCUUUUCCACCACAGAAAGGAAGGGAAUGCUGACCAUGCUAUGCUAUGACAUGAACUUGAAGACAUCAUGACAAUCAAAAUCAGUCACACUGAAUAAAAUAAGCCAGACCUGGAAGGAUACCUGCAAGUAGAAGUGUUCCUUUUGUGUCUGCGAACCUGAACACCUGCACCUCAUAAGGGGCCUUGUCAUCUCACUCGCUAGAGGAAGCUGAAGAUUAACAGCUAUACCACUUUUCCUAUAGAGAUGACAUCCUCUGAACAAGGAGAUGGAAAAGAAAUGCCUAUUUACCCCAGUAGUGAAGAAGACGGACCAAAGAAGGAUUUCCAGCUUGUUUUAAAGAACACCUUGGAAAAAAGGGGAGUGUUAGGACAUUUAAAAGCAAGGAUCCGUGCUGAAGUUUUCAAUGCCCUGGAUGAUGAUCAUGAACCCCGACCAUCAUUGUCUCAUGAAAACCUUCUAAUUAAUGAAUUAAUUAGGGAGUAUUUGGAAUUCAACAAAUAUAAGUACACAGCCUCUGUCCUUAUAGCAGAAUCUGGUCAACCCAUAGUUCCAUUGGACAGACAGUUUCUCAUCCGUGAACUAAAUGCCUUUGAAGAAUCAAAAGAUGACUCAAUUCCUCUGUUGUAUGGAAUUUUAGCCCAUUUCUUGCGUGGUCCUCCAGAUGACAUCCAGAAUUUGUUUCUGACAGAGUCGACACUCCAGCCUCCAAAUAGGCAUCCCAGCUGGAAGCCCAACAGAAGACCAAAGGAUGACCACCUGAAGAAGGACACGGGGCCAAGCACCAUGACUGAAGAGCUUCAUGCUGCUGUGCAAGCAGUCAGUAGAUGAUACAUAUACCAGGCUGUCUGAUCUCAGCCGUGUAUGUGGAGUAACUAACUUAUUAUUCCCGAUACCAUAGAUUAGACCACCACAGUUUGUAAAUGUUUGAUAGUCUCCAUUUAGCCCCUCAAGUUUUACUGCAUCUAUGAAAAACUAAUCCAUCAUCUAGCUUGCUAGAAGCUACUGGAGAAAAAAAUGUGCUGUUUUCAGGAUUUUUUUUUUUUGGGGAGGGGGUUGGUUUUUUGUUUGUUUUUCAAGACAAGGUUUCUCUGUGUAGCUUUGGCUGUCCUGGAACUCAGUCUGAUCAGGCUGUCGUGGCACUCACAGAGAUCCACUUGCCUCUACCUCUCGGGUGCUGAGAUUAAAGGUGUGCACUACCACCGCCAGGCCAGGAUGUACUUGUAAAGUUCUUAAGUUUGUGAAAACUGAAAAGUACUUCUUCCUUUUCUUUAGAGGCCAUCUCUAAGGGCUGUGAAUGUACCUCCAGUAAAGCACUUGCCUUGCAUGUGUAGGUCCCGGGUUCAGUUGUAGCACUGAAAAUAAAAUACAAGUACAGA